CGCCGCUCUGCACGCAUGCGUGUGUGUCCGUAGCUGUCCGCCUCACCCCGGGGCGCUGAUGAUAAAGGUUCCGUCCCAUGGGCAGUGCGCUCGGCUUGUUGGUGUCUGUGCGGGCGCAGUGCACGGCCUGAGCGGGGAUGGAGGAGGGCGCGAGGCGGAAUGGCUCUGCCGGGGGCUCGGGCUCCUUUCAGCGGGAGCUAGGCCGGGGAUUCGCCUAUUACAAUAAGCACCUGGGAAGACUGCAGCAGAACCUGCGGGACACUAAGCGCUUCUUCCGGGACAUAAAGCAUACGUACGGCGGGGUGCCCGGAGGACCUGACUCCGACCUGACCACCGGAGACCUCGGUCAGCUGAAUUGCAUCAGUUUCUCACGACACGAAGAAGACUAUUUGAAGGUGACUGUUCGCUGUCGGCCAUGUCUGUUUGUCCUGGGACAGAACUGUGGUGCAAGAAGCAAAGUGGUUAAUGCACUUUUAGGGGAUCACCUUUUACCAAUUGGUGUGUGUUGCAACCCUCAAACUUGCAAGAGGAGGCGCAUCCGUUUUAGGCAUGGCCAACAGACUCUGGUGAGCUUAGCAUUGCCAGAACAGUAUGAACUGGUUCAUCAACUAGUAGCCCAUAAGGGCAAAUGGCAUACCAUACCUGAUGAAGACUUGGAGGUACCAGAGGAUGAGGAGGAUCCUGCACACAGGCUGGCAGAGCUGGAGGUGACUCUACCUCAUCAGUUGCUUCAGGAUGUUGACAUUGUGGUUUCUCCUUGUCGGGGAUCUCAACCUGCAACUACUACACUGGAAGACUAUGUGGACCAUGUGCAGUCAGUGGUUGUUUAUGCCAUAAGUGAGGACCUUCUGUCUCCUCAGGACGAAGAGGAGCUGACAGAUAUUAAGGCAAAGUACAAACUUCCUGUCUUCUUUAUCCGAACAACAAAAGACAAGCUGAUAAAUAGCUCAGAAGGUGGGUGCUCAGAACUACAUGAGCAGCUGACAGAACUCGGGUAUCUUAAAAGAGGUUUAUGUAGCUGUGGAGCUGCAGGAUCUGGCAGUCCAGCCCCCAAUCUUCUGGUAGAACAGUUUGACAAGUUGCGGCAACUCGGCAGUUUCUCCCGGCAAGUGCUGCAGAUGCACCUGGUUGAUGCAGCAAUGGUCCUGAACAUGGUGCACAGUCGCUGUUUAGACUUAUUCAUCAAUAAAGCUUUUGACAUGAGGCGAGAUCUUCAGAUUACUCCUAAGAGACUGGAGUACACCCGCCAGAAGGAGAGCGAGCUGUAUGAAUCCCUCAUGCGGAUCUCUGAUCGCAAACAAGAAGAACUCAAGGACAUGAUUGUGGAAACUCUAAACAGCAUGAGAGAGCAACUCCUGGAGGAUGCCGCCAACAUGGAGUUCAAAGGUAUUACUAUCCCACAGAAUGGGGAGCCCAUUGGAGUCCAAGAAGUGAAGAGCUGCAUCUUUCAGAUCAAAGAGCUGAUCAUUUCACGGCUCAACCAGGCUGUAGUGAACAAACUGAUCAGCUCUGUGGAUUAUCUACGAGAAAGUUUUGUGGGAACACUAGAAAGAUGUCUCCGCAGUCUAGAAAGGUCCCAGCAAGAGUCCUCUUCACAUGUAACCAGCAACCACCUAAAGCAGAUAUUGAACGCUGCGUAUCAUGUGGAGGUCACCUUUAAUUCUGGGUCCACCGUUACCAGAAUGGUGUGGGAGCAAAUAGUCCAGAUAAUACAGCGCAUUACAUGGGUCAGUCCCCCAUCCAUAACCCCUGAAUGGAAGCGAAAGGUGGCUCAGGAUGCAAUGGAAGGCUUAAGUGCAUCUAAACUUGCAAAGCGCAUCUGCAGCCAGUUUUGUAAGCGUCUCAAAAGUUCUCAUGAAGCUUUUGCAGCAUCCCUCAAACAGCUUGAGGUUGGUCACUCUGGCAGACUAGAAAAAACGGAAGAUCUUUGGCUAAAGGUUCGGAAAGAUCAUGCCCCGCGUCUGGCACGACUAUCACUAGAAAGCAGAUCCCUGCGGGAUGUUUUGUUACAUGGGAAACCAAGACUGGGCCGAGAGCUGGGGAGAGGGCAGUAUGGCGUUGUCUACUUGUGUGAUAGCUGGGGAGGGCAUUUCCCUUGUGCUUUAAAGUCUGUUGUGCCACCAGAUGAAAAACAUUGGAAUGACCUGGCUCUGGAAUUUCACUACAUGCGGUCUCUCCCAAAGCACGAGCGUCUAGUGGAUUUGCAUGGCUCAGUGAUAGAUUACAGCUAUGGAGGUGGCUCAAGCAUUGCAGUAUUGCUGAUCACAGAACGUCUACAUAGAGACCUCUAUGCAGGUCUUAAGAGUGAGCUGUCUCUGGAAACGCGGUUGCAGAUUGCCUUAGAUGUAGUGGAAGGCAUCCGUUUUCUACACAGCCAGGGCCUGGUCCACAGAGAUAUUAAGUUAAAGAAUGUCCUGUUGGAUAAAACUAACAGGGCGAAGAUAACUGAUCUGGGUUUCUGCAAGCCGGAGGCUAUGAUGUCAGGCAGCAUUGUAGGAACUCCUAUACACAUGGCGCCUGAGCUCUUUUCAGGAAAAUAUGACAAUUCUGUGGAUGUGUAUGCAUUUGGGAUCCUGUUUUGGUAUAUUUGCUCAGGAUCAGUGAAACUUCCAGAGGCUUUUGAGAGAUGCUCAAGUAAAGACCAUCUAUGGAAUAAUGUCAGAAAAGGUGCACGCCCUGAGCGGCUUCCAGUCUUUGAUGAGGAGUGCUGGAAGUUAAUGGAGGCAUGCUGGAAUGGAGACCCCUCUCAGAGACCCCUUCUGGGCAUUGUACAGCCCAUGUUACAGGGUAUCAUGGACAGACUUUGCCGCAGCCAGGAAUCUAACAAAAACUUGGAAGAUUCAACCUGAACCCCUUCUGUAGCACUUGUGGUGUCCGAAUGUUACCUAUUGACUCUUUGUACAGCAAGCAGGUGACCACUCCCUGUAUGACCUGGCAUUCCUAGUCCUGUGCAUGCUGUCUUGCUAUGGAAUGAGCUCUUCCAUUUGCACACAUCUAGUCGCCUAUAUACUCCCAAUGCAGGACUGAUGGCUUUUGGGCAAACUUGCACGCAUCAGUCUGACUACAACAUGAAGAGGUUACAUUUGUUUACAGUGGGUGCUGGGUGAGCCAUCUCCUGAGCGUGGUAUCGUGAUGGAUUCCAUGGAAAGUCAACGUAUGUGGCUUUCUUAAAUUAGGAAAGAAUUUUCCAUUCCAAAUUUGACUCCAUUACUGAAAUGAACACUAUUGAGUUGUGCUGAGAUGUCCCCUGUGAAGGCCUAUUUCUUCCCCUCUAAAAGAAAACUUCCCACCUAUUUUGCAGUUCACUCCUCCGAAUUGUCUUUUCCCAGAAUGGGUCAGCGCAGUUGUUUUUUUUUUUUUGUUUUUUUGCAGUGAGAUGUCCUACAGUAUACCCUGCAUUCUGCCCAUGUUGCGGAAGACGUAAUUCAUUGAGUUUGGUUUGUGUUUAAAGGUGUUGAACAUUUUAAAUGCACUCUUGUGUUUUUUUUAAAUGUUUUUCAGUAUAUUUUUCAUUUUUAAUUCUAUUUAAUUCUGAAUCUACAGAGAGGGGAGAAAAAGAAAACAGGAAUCUCAAGUGUAUACCAUUCUGAAUUAUAGGUGUGAGGAGAGAUUUUGGCAAACAAUACUUAACCAUCAUGUAAUGAAACUUCCUACUUUUUAUGAAAACCUCGUGGAAUUAUUGCAAAGAGUCGCGUAAAAAGUAGAAAGUUUGGCCAAUUUCAAUUCACUGACAGCCAGCACUUGUUGAAAAUCUUGUGGAAUUAUUGCAGGCUGUCAGUGAAUUAAAAUUGGUCAAACGUUCUACUGUUUACGUGACUCUUUGCAAUAAUUCCACAGGGUUUUCAACAACUGCUGGCUGUCAGUGAAUUGAAAUUGGUCAUCUAAUCCUUACACAGGUCUGUAUUACAGUGCCCCAGGACAGUUUAUCCUCUAGAGCAGUGGUCUCCAAACUGCAGCCUUCCAGAU